GCAAGGAGGAUGAAUCGAGCGCGGAGCGGCUGGGUCCGCAGCCGGGACGGGGCGGAGGUGAUUUAAAGGGCUGCGCGGGAGCGAGCGCGGCGGCGGCAGCCGGGCCACCUACACCGACGGCGGGGGCGCGCUGGCCUCAGGUGAUGGUGAGAUGGGACGACCCCAAACUUAGCUGGAACCAGAAGUCUCUGUGAUACUGGUGCUACCCCUGCUCUCUGCCCGCAGAAGCCAUGAACCUGUAACUGGGGAAGCUUCUCCUCAACCAAUGUGUUACCACCAGAUCUCCAGUACAGGAGCCAGCUGCUCCUAGUGUCCCUGAUAGCCCUGUCACCUCAGCAUCCUCCAAAGGCUCUAGGAUGCUGGGGCCAGCUAGGCUGAACCUGCCCACGUGAUCCUCACUGCUUCCAGCCCUCGCCCUGCCUGCCCACCAUGCUGCGCUCCUGGCGUGGAAAGCUGAAGCUGCUGCUCGCCACUGUAACACUGGUGAUCCUUCUCUCGUGGCUCUGUGUCUUUGUGGGCAGUUCAGAAUAUGGCCGUUCCCUCCUAUUAUCUCCUUGCCUUGGGGACCGGCCGAGCCAGGACCUGGAGCGAGAGGCCUUGGCAUCUCAGGUGCGCAAGGUGGAAGAGGAAAACCUGCAACUGCGCCUGCAGCUCAGCCAGUCUCGGACGCAAGCUGGGGCUGUGGAGGGGAGUGAUGGCAGCCAGCAGUGGGCAGCCUCCUUUGAGGAUGGGGACGCCCCAGGGGAUGACAGGAGCAACCGCACAGGCUGCCCCAAGCAGCAGAUGGUGCAGAAGUGUGAGCUCCUGCACGUAGCGAUUGUGUGUGCUGGUCACAAUGCGAGCCGAGACGUGGUCACUCUGGUGAAAUCCAUCCUCUUCCACAGGAAGAACCCUCUCCAUUUCCACCUCAUCACGGACUCGGUGGCUCAACAGAUCCUGCAGACUCUCUUCCAGUCCUGGAUAGUGCCCUCUGUCUACGUUAGCUUCUACAACGCAGACGAUUUGAAGGCAGAGGUGUCGUGGAUUCCCAACAAGCAUUACUCCGGGAUUUACGGGCUGAUGAAGCUGACGCUCACUAAGGCGCUGCCCUCCAACCUCUCCAAGGUCAUUGUCCUGGACACAGACAUCACCUUUGCCACCGACAUCGCUGAGCUGUGGGCUAUCUUCGGGAAGUUCUCCGACAAGCAGGUGAUUGGGCUGGUGGAGAACCAGAGUGACUGGUACCUGGGAAACCUCUGGAAGAACCAUAAGCCAUGGCCAGCGCUUGGACGUGGCUUCAACACAGGGGUGAUCCUGCUGCUGCUGGAGCGCCUGCGCCGGAUUGGCUGGGAGCAGAUGUGGCGGCUGAUGGCGGAGCAGGAGCUCAUGAGCAUGCUGUCUACCUCGCUGGCAGAUCAGGACAUCUUUAAUGCAGUGAUUAAGCAGAGCCCAGUGCUGGUGUACAAGCUCCCCUGCUUCUGGAACGUGCAGCUGUCCGACCAUACCCUCUCAGAGCAGUGUUACUCAGAGGUCUCUGAUCUUAAGGUGAUCCACUGGAACUCGCCCAAGAAGCUGCGGGUGAAGAACAAGCAUGUGGAGUUCUUCCGGAACCUCUACCUGACCUUCCUAGAGUACGAUGGGAACCUGCUGCGCAGGGAGCUCUUUGGUUGUGCCAGCCUGCCAAGCCCACCCAGAAACCAACUGCAGCAAGCCCUGGAGGACCUCGAUGAGGAUGACCCCUGCUAUGAUUUCCGCCGGCAGCACCUUAUGCUGCACCGCAUCCACCUGUUCUUCCUGCAGUAUGAGGUCCUGGCCUCACCUGACCCUGCUGAUGUCACCCUGGUGGCCCAGCUCUCCAUGGACAGGUUACAGAUGCUGGAGGCAAUCUGCAAACACUGGGCAGGCCCCAUCAGCCUGGCGCUGUACAUGUCGGACGCAGAGGCCCAGCAGUUCCUGCGCUAUGCCCAGGGCUCGGAGGUGUUGAGCAACCGCAGGAACGUCGCCUACCACAUUGUGUACAAGGAGGGGCAGUUCUACCCUGUCAACCUACUGCGCAACGUUGCGCUGACCAAUGCACAGACACCCUAUGUCUUUCUGACGGACAUCGACUUCCUGCCCAUGUAUGGGCUCUACGAUUACCUCAGGAACUCCAUCCGGCAGCUGGAGCUGCCCCAGCGGAAGGCAGCGCUCAUCGUGCCAGCGUUUGAGACUCUGCACUACCGUCUUACCUUCCCCAAGUCCAAAGCAGAGCUGCUCUCCAUGCUGGACAUGGGCUCCCUCUACACCUUCAGGUACCAUGUGUGGCCAAAGGGCCAUGCCCCAACUGACUAUGCCAAGUGGCGGACAGCCACGGUGCCGUACCGUGUGGAGUGGCAGCCGGACUUUGAGCCUUACGUUGUAGUGAGGCGUGACUGCCCCCAGUAUGACCAGAGAUUCGUGGGCUUUGGUUGGAACAAGGUGUCCCAUAUCAUGGAGCUUGAUGCCCAGGAGUACGAGCUGCUGGUCCUGCCCAAUGCCUUCAUGAUCCACAUGCCUCACGCCCCCAGCUUUGACAUCUCCAAGUUCCGCUUGAGCGCUGGCUACCGGGGCUGCCUGCAGACACUGCGGGAGGAGUUCCACCAGGACCUGUCGCGUAGGACACAAAACUACAGUCCUUGUCCCAGUCUACAAGAUGAAAUGGGAAAGAUGGGAUACACUGGAUAGCCCACAGGAGGGAAUACCAGAGAAGGAUUUAUGAAGUAUCAUCACAUCCCUUCUUGCGGAUGUUAUCAAAGGAGUAAGCCUUUAUAUGAGGGAUCUGAAUGAAAAGGGUGGAAGCUUCGAGAUAUAUAGGAGCAGGAGUUCCAGAGCUAAUUCCUUGGGCAUUUCCUGUUCUACAUCUGAUGGCCAACAGUAUGGAUCUGAGGCAACAUGCUGAAGCUGCUCAGCCAAGGUGCAUUUACAGAUUUAGCUUUCUGUUGCAGAGGCCUUAAGAGACAUCGUGUCUUCUAAAUAGAGAAGACUGCAGAGCCCACUUCUGGCUGGUGAUACAGCUUGUGAAUGGCCUUGGGUAUGGCAAUUUGCUGAUCAAGUGAGCCCAGGACUCCUUGAAAAUGCCAAGCAAGUCAGGUGCAGGGGAAAACAUUUAUCCUUUCUCUCUGGGUUGAAAAAGCCAUCUAUGCAAAUCCUCUUCUGUACAAAAAAUCCAGGAGGAAGCAGUCUUGGCAGUAAGCCUUCUGUGGCAACCUGGCAAGCCUGAACUUGCCUUGAAUCCUCAGUGUUCAAGAACCCCUUAAAGCCUGAUUGCUAGACUGUAAUUGCUAUUUCCAGCAGGACAAGGAGAGGGGAAGAAGGGACUGAGGGAGCUUUAUAGUGGAUGUGGCUAGGGAAUCCCCCUUUUGGUGGUUCAGCCUUGCUAGGGAGUAUACCUGCAGUGCAAAUUCAUUGAUGAUGUUUUGCUACAUCUGUAUUAUAAGGACACCUCCAUUUAUUCCAAGUACCUAGGCAGCCACAAGAGGAGGAUUUCACUCUGGGCCUUUGUGAAUGCUGGCCAGGCUCGGAGUACAAGGGCUGGGCCUGGAACAGUCCCUGGAAGAAGCUGAUUUGAAGUUGAGGAGGUCAGGAUUAAUCUUCAAAUCUCCAGACAGUUUGGAUAUGGAUUUGCUUUCUGAAGCCUUGUCGUACUGUCAAUAAAAUACAUCACUGACUUCCUGUCAACAACUAAACUAAUAGAUCUGCCCACAAAAUCUCCACAACCUUUUAACUCUAGGUAGGCAGAUGUAAAUUAUCAUUACCAACAGAAUCAUAUUUGCAACUACAGGUGAAUAAGAUUCUUGAGUUGCUCAUAUAACAGACCCUGUUACCCAGGAUUCUCCAGGUGCAAAGCAUUUUAUCCUACCACUGAUAAUUACCUGCCAGUGAUGCACUCACAGAACCAUUAAGUUUCCUACACUGUCCACCAAUAAACCACACCAGUACUACGUUGUGACUGUCUGUUUUGUACAGCACUGAGCACACUGCUGGCUCUAAACAAAUAAUAACUCAUCAUCAUACUAAGUAUUCUGUCAAGUAUUCUGUCUGCAUGACAUCCCACAAAUGUACCUUCCAGACAUUUUAAGACUAGAUUGCAAGGAUAAGGGAAAAGCUAUUUCUAAAAUUCACUUGUUCUUUUUCUGAGCAGUGAGAGAGGCAGCAUGACUUAGUGAACUGAGCAUUGGCCUGGGAGCCGGAAAUGCAUCGGAUACCAACUCCCUUUGUGGCCUCAUUUUAGCUCCCUGCCUCAGUUUUCCAAUCUUUAAAUGGGAAUAAGUCGUCACCUACUCCUGGCAGUGAUAUAAGGAUUAGCUAAAUGUCCAUAUGCUGCUUAGGAAAUACAAAAUACUAAGUAUUAUUAUAUGUCGCUUUCCAUAUGGCCUCAGUUCAGAGAAAUUUAGAACUGGAGAGGUUUCAACACCAUCAGACCAUACCAACUAUGACAGGAAAGAAAAGGCAGCAGAUAUUAGAGAAAGAUAAAAGCUAACUACCAAACAGUUGUAAUUUCUGCAUUGUUUGGGACUCCUUUGAGCAGCUAAAUCUAUAUAUAUAUUAUUUUCUAUUUAGUAAAUCAUAGAAUAUCAGGGUUGGAAGGGACCUCAGGAGAUCAUCUAGUCCAACCCCCUCUCAAAGCAGGACUAAUCCCCAAUUUUUUGCCUCAGAUCCCUAAAUGAUUGAAUUUACAACCCUGGGUUUAGCAGGCCAAUGCUCAAACCACUGAGCUAUCUCCCCCCCUGUCAAUUCCCUCACUGCCCAGUGUUUCCAGCUGGACAGCAGUGGCUCCUGUUUACUUAAUGUCUGUGCAGCAGCAUUGCUAAUGUCAGCACAGCUCAUGGAAUGGUACUUGUCUAUUAACUGAUGUUGCUGCAGAGCCAAUAGGGGAAGCAUACCAAAAAGAGUCAGAGAGAAGGAAAAUCUACCAGAGACAAAAACUCUAACCUAAGACCAUUUCUCUGCCAGGUCAUAGUGGAACUUAUGGUAGGCUUUUGUAGUCUGGAGGAUUUUUUCUAACAAAAAUUUUAACAUGGGUAGAAAUUAGACCUAAGUAAAUUGAUGUACCUCUUCAGAGCCUAGAGACAAGCAGACACCUUCAGAAAGGGGCAGUGGGUGUGUUUACAGGGGUGGCAUGGAAAGGACAAGGUAUUAACAUCUCUUGGUGCUGCAUUGCCUUUCAAAACAAGUAAGACUACCACUGAAUUCCAGCCUCAGCCCCUUCCAGUAACUGGCAGAGGAGAAAUCAAACCAGUGCUCAGCCUUCAAAAGCACUGUGACCCCCAAUGGCACAGUGCUCCAAACAGCACUGUGAAGGUAACACUGGGGGAAUCACAGGAAUAUGGGAAUUGCCAUGCCAGUAAGACGGGGGUCCAUCUAGUCCAGUAGCCUGUCUCUGACAUAGUAUCUUCAGAGAGAGGUGGAAGAAACCCCUCUACAGUGACUGGCUUAUGCCCUAAAGAAAGAGGGCAUACAUCCCUAGUUUAUUUUCUCUCAUUAUCCCUAUAAAUAUUGGAUCCUUUUAAAAAUCCUACUAAGCAACUGGCCCCAAUGAGUUACACAGGUUAAUUGUGUGU